AUGGAUUUGUCGCUCGAGCGGGCGCUCAAGAUCCUCGAGACGCCCACGGCUGCGGCCCCUGAGACGGUCGAGUUCCGCGAGAGCAGGAUCAAGAGCUGCCGACUCAUCGCCGCCCAUCUGUGCAACCUUGCCCUUCGGGCGAAUACCGACUUUGCAGCGCAGCUGUCGCGUGGCAUCGCUGCCCUCCUGCACACAUGCGGCGACAAGGACAUGUCCGUGUGGACGGUCGCUGACGAGACCCUCAACAAGGUCAUCAAGUCCAGACCCGAAACUGCCUCGGGCUUUGCCAUGAUCGCCGACCUCGCCGCAUCGCCGGCGACCAAGGGCGCAGUGCUGGGAACGGCCGCGACCCAGGGCGUCUACACCGAACUCUACGAAAAGCUGCACAGCACCUUCUCCACCUCCCUGAUCUCCUUCGAGCAGGACAAGUUCUCCCUCCUCCGCAAGUCCUGCUUCAAGGCGAUGGCCAUGCUGAUCAGGAACGUGGGGCGCUACGUGGUGCCCUUCGCCCAGGAAAUCCUCAACCACCUUAACGUCCACUUCUUCCUCUCCCCGAAGGAGGUGAUGUCGUGCUUGUUGGAGCUGUUCAUGGUCACGUUCCACCCCGUGCAACCGUCCAAGGCCCAAGUCCAACGCGUCUUCCACGACGCCAACUACAAAUCCCACCAGGCCAUCGUCCACCCGCACAACUUGGGUGUCUACGAGCAGCUGUACCAGGGCUUCGAUGAGGACGCGGCGAUGGCGGCCUCGCUGCAGGACGCCUCCAAGGUUCCGUCCCUGCGGCCUUCCCUCCUGUCGCACCCCUAUCGACUCCGCGAGACCCAGUCGGAGGACUUCUACAGCAAGGUGGACCUCCCCAUUCCCCUGAUCGAGGCCGACAAAAUCAUCCGGAGCGGCAAGUCGCUGAUCCGCAUGUUCGAGCCGCUGGUGAUCGGCGCCAUGAAGCUGUACAGAGACACGCACGAUCUCGGCCUGCAGAAACAGGUCCUCUUCGUCAUGACGCAGCUCAUCAAGUUCGGGGAGGUCAACAACAUCAUCGAACUCCUGGUCCGCAACCUCGCCGACGUGUCUGGAGCGAUUCGGCGCGCAUCGGCGGCUUCGAUUGUGGUCAUCUGCCGCCACUAUCCCAAGUCGCCGUUCGACUUUGCCAUCUACACCAUUCGCAAGCAGCUCCAGUCCUACAUCAUCCCCGCAACCAAACCCGACCAUCAGGUGUCGACGCCCGCGGGCUCGCCCAAGGUGGCGCGCGCUGCGCCGGCGAUCACGUCGCCGCGCAAGGAUUCGGCGGCGCAGAAUCGGGCGAUGUCGUUCAUGGACGACAAGGACAACAAGGACGACGACGACAUCAACAUGGACGAAGAGGAAAAGGGCGACGACUCCCGCAAGGAGCACGAGAAGGAGGACGAAAAGGCUUCAAACGAAGUGAAACAGCCGAUAUCGGAGGCCAACCUGUACGGCAUCCUGUACUGCCUGCUGCAGCUGCUCAACCUCUCCGAGGAGUGGAAGAGCCGAGUCGUGGAUCCGCGCAACCCCAUUCUCCCGCACGUGCCCUUCCUACACGACCUGGCCUCCAAAUGUAUGGUCCAUUACGACCAGAACGUGAUGGGCAUCGCGUUGGAGCUCCUCCAGGCCAUUCUGGCAGCCUCGCACAUGCCUGAGAUCCUGGGCCGACUUACGUGGAUCCUCAACCGCAAGCCUCCCGUUCGAGUGGCCUCGCGCGCGGUGGUGCUCCAGUGCCUGUCCUUCCUGGCCCUCCACUACACCCAGACCUUCUGCGACUACUUCCGGCUCACCGACGAAGCCGAGGCCGCCACCGCCGUCGACGAUCUCUCCAAGGGCGACGCCGCGGCGGCACCGGCCGAUGAAGCCGAGGCUGCAGCUGACAACGGCGGCAGCGGCGUCGCGCAGACCACCUACGCGCAGAACCAACACACGAUGAAGGAGCUGCUGCAGCUGGUGACCUUCUCCGAUCCCCUGAUCCGCGGCAGCCUCGCCCACAUCAUCGCCUGCUUCAUCGCUGGCAUUCUUCGCAAUCCGCACACCACGGCGACACCCGCACAAGCGACGGCGGCAACGAGUCCGGGCGCGGAGGAGUCGGUGCCGGUGCCGGUGCUUGCCCUCGAGGUGAUCGACGUGCAGUCGCUCAUCGUUGACUACCUGCUGCGGCUGCUGCUCGACGAGUCCGCCAACGUGCGCAAAAUGGUGUGCCGCGCGCUCAUCACGUGCUUCGACGACAUCCUCGCCUCGGCGUAUGCGCGCUGCGCAAUCACGAUCCUCUACACCCUCAUCGACAGCAUCCGUGAGGACACCUAUUGGCUCGUCAAGACCGAGGCGCUGGCCUUUGUGGCGAGUGUGGACUACUGCGCGCUUCAGGUGGUCGAGCGAGACCUGGCCACGGAAAACCGGGUCUUCGUCUACACUCGCGAGGAGACGUCGUUCCAGCGGCGCUGCCUCAACAUGGUCCUCGACCUACUCGCCAGCCCCGACGCUCGCGUGCGCCAGGCUGCGGCUGAGGCUGUGGUGACGCUCGUGGAGAGGCUGCAAUUGCACUCGCCCGCCGGGCCUACGCACCCCUACGCUGCGCUCAUCGAACGCCACAUUCGCCACCUGUGCACCGUCCACUCCAUCAAGAAGUUCGCGAUUCGGAGGGACGUGCUGCAUAAUUUGUCGCAGGUGGCGCAGCUCCUGUUGGAGCGGGUGAACGCGCUGGUGCCGGAGGACGGCGUGCGAGGAAUCUACCACGCGCUGCUGCUCCUCUGCAAGGCCUACGCCAAGCCGCACACCUACUUGACCCACGCCCACACUGAGGGGAUGAAGAACUUUGAUGCGCUGCCCAACCCGAUGGCCAUCUACUUUGGCGACUUCGUCCCGCUGAUCGUCGAACGGCUCACGUCGUCAUGGGCUGCCACUGAUCUCGACGUACACAUCGACCUCGUCCAGAUCAUCGGCUACAUGUGCAAGAAAUCGGAGCGACAUCACCUCACCUCGCAGUGGCUGCGCAUCCUGCAACACCUGCUCGCGGUGAUCACCCUCCUCAGCCACAUCGCCCAGCGCAAGCCGGCACCCCAGUCCAGACCCGAAACUGCCUCGGGCUUUGCCAUGAUCGCCGACCUCGCCGCAUCGCCGGCGACCAAGGGCGCAGUGCUGGGAACGGCCGCGACCCAGGGCACGACGACCAAGUGGACCGAGGAGGACUGCGAGAAGGAGCUCACGGAACUGCGCGAGGAAUUUCUGGCACGCAUCCUCAAGCGGGCCAACCUGAGCCACGGCAUCGGGCUUCUGUCGAUCAUACUCUUCAAGAGCCGCUACCGCGUCGAAGAGUGCAAGGGGUAUGCGCUCAAGAUCGGACAGACCCUCUUCCCUCUGCUGGCCUCGGCGUCGCUCGCGGCCAACAUUGCCACCAACGACUAUGAAUUGCUGGAGCUCUACGCCCUGUUCGACAAGGUCGUGGAGAAGCACAGCGAAUCGGAGAAGACGAAGAAAGAAACCACCGACUCGCUUUGCGAAGGCUUCGUGCAAUUGCUGAAGGAGGUCGAAUCGCGGCCGGAGGAGACGCCCCAGUUCGGCGAAGGCAAGCUCCUAUCGGCACGCGACCUCGAGCAGUCCAUCAAAUCCGUGACCGGCCCCUAUUGGCUGCCGCCGGCCCUUGUGUAUGACUGCUACGUGCGUGUGUGCCUGCGGAAGUAUUUGCGCUUCCUGGGCAUGCGGAGCGAAGAGGAAAUCCUGCCGGCCCUGGCCAAGCUCGACGACGACCCAGCGAGCUCACGCCCCGUCGAGGAUGUCUUCGUCCGUCGCAUGAUGGAGCUCGUCCUCAUCGCCCUCCAGGACACGAUGAAGCGAGAGCAUGCGUCGGCGUUCAGUGUCGAGCUCUACGCGCAUCUGGUGACCCACCUGAUCGCCCUCGCCUCGCCCGCGCGCUUUCCGCGCAUACACGCGGCCAUGCGCGGGCUGUGGACGGACGCCGCCACCGACUUUGCCCACGCGAGGCUCUUCCCGCUCCUCUUCAGCGGACCCCUCGCCUACGGCCGCGAAGUGGCCUGCUUGUCGCUGGCGAUGCUCAAGUUCGCGCGCUCGUCGCGCACGGCCGCUGGUCAUGGCAAGCUGGGCUGGCGGGCGCGCGUGGUGGAGCUCACGGCGCUCGUGGGCUACCUUGCCACAUUCUUGGACGCGAGCGCCAGCCACGCCUGGUCGGGACUCACCUGGAGCGAAGACCUCGGCCAGUUGCUCAUAGAGCACACGAACGAGCCGACGGUGAAGAAGUUCGUGGCGUUGGUGGGCAGCGCCCUGUCGUCGCCGUCCAUGUACGCCACGGCCUCGGGCCGAUUCGCCUUCCAGCUGCUCGGCAGCCUGCGCAGCCGACUGCUCGGGAGCGGCAGCGCAGCCGGUCGCCAGGAGCAGGACUUCAAGAACCUCCUCGCCGCUCUCGGCAGCUUGCCGCCGUCCAUGGCCACUGUCGGGCCCCGCCCGCCGCCGCCGGGCAAGACGGCGGCGUCGGAGGCCGACCUGGUGGUGGUGCUCAAGUGCACCGAGCUCGUCAUCGCCAUCAGCCAGCGCGAGACCCUGACCGAGUGGCAGUCCGACGAUGAGAAGGCCACCUGGGAGCACAUGUUCGCCAGCAUCCUCCAGGUGCAAGAGCUGAUUUCGGGCAAGUCGGUGAGUGUGGCGGCCGAAGAAGAGAGGCACGACGGCGAGCGGCGGCGCGCGGAGAUCAAGAUGGAGCGGGUGAUGGAGCUGCUGCUGUCGGAGGCCGACAACAAGCGGUUCGCCUACCUCCACGACACGUGCGCCGACAACCCGGUGGUCAACGCCUACUGCGACCUCGUCACCGCCCUCGCCCGCAAGGACGUCCAACUCAUCUACCCCCAGAUCGUCGAAGGCGGUGCCGGCGGCACGAGUGGCGGGUGGUGCGAGCGGGCGUGGCGCACGGGGCCAAUGGCC